AUGGCGGCGGUGGUCGAUUUCCUGGAGCGAUGCGACGACCCGCACGCGGCGCUGUCGCAGAUGCUCGACGAGCUCGACGCGAAAGCCUUGACCACCUCCAUCGUCGACCUGCGAUGCGCGGAGGAGGUGAUCCACGCCGUGGACAAGCACAACGGCACCGGAGCGUUCGCCGCGCCCGACGGCCAGGGCACCGCGGCGCUGCUCGACGACGAGGACGGCAUCACCAUCGUCGACGCCUUCGACAUGCCCCGAUACUGCUACGACACCCAGCGUAAGGUCUUCCACGAGAACGCGGGGAAGGUGAAGACCAUCAACGCAUCCGCCGAGUCGAAGAUCGAGCUCUACCGCGAGCGCUUUCUUUUACUCCAGCAGAGGGUCGCGAGGCACCGCAUGUUCGUCAAACCCGCGUUCAGCGCGAGCGGCGCCGCGGCGCAGCGCACCUACUGCGAGCUCACGCCCCUCACCGGCCUACUCGGGCACAGCGUCGGGACCAAGUACGUCAUGGGUUGCCUCUCGCAGCUCGAGGAUGACAGAUUCUUUCUCGAGGACCUCACCGGGCAGAUCCAGGUGGACGUAUCGCACGCCGCCACGUCUUCCGGGCUGUACACCGAGAACUGCAUCGUCGUCGCGGAAGGCGAGGUGCGCAAGUCCGACGGCGUGCUCGAGGUCCGCGCCCUGGGCUUUCCCCCCGCGGAGUCGAGGGAGGACACUCGCAACGCCACCAACUUUUUGGACUUUGUCGGCGCAGGCCGCCUCCGACCCAAGGAUAUCGAACGCAUGGUCGAGGAGGAGGCGGCGAGCACCAGCGACAUGUUCGUCGUCCUGAGCGACGUGUGGCUCGAUCGCGAGUCCACGUUCGCGAGGCUGAGGACCGUCUUUGAGGGUUUCGACUCGCUCGACGCCAUACCGUCGAUGUUCGUGCUCAUGGGAGACUUUUCAUCCCAGCCGUUUGGACCGACGCGUUUCGGCUUUGGCGACUACGCCAAGGGCUUCGACAAGCUCGCCGAGCUCGUGCGGGAGUUUCCGCGGCUCAGGCAGGAGGCGAGGUGGGUGAUCGUUCCGGGUCCCGGCGAUCCGGGCGUCUCAUCCGCGCUUCCCCGCCCGCCGCUCAUGCCGAGCCUCACCGAGUCCCUUCGAGAGGCGCUGCCGCGCGCGACGUUCGCGUCGAACCCCGCGCGCGUCAGGUAUCGAUCCCAGGACCUCGUGUUCAUGCGCGAGGACCUCCAGUCGCGCAUGCGCCGCAACUGCAUCCUGCCCCCGACGGAGAUUGAGGACGCGCCCGCGGAGAAGGCGGCGAGGGCGAGGGCGCGAGCGAAGGCUCUGGCGCGACAAGCGCGGCUGGAGCGAAACGAGGCUCGCGCGGAGCGAAGGGCCGCCGCGCGAGCCAAGAAACUUCGCGGCGGGAAGGGAGGCGGGAAGGGAGGCGUGGUGGGAGGCGGCGGCGCGGGGAGCGGCGAUGAAAACGCGGAGCCCAACGGCGCCACGGCGGAGGACCUCUUCGACGCGGUCAUGGAGGAGGCCGACGGGGGCGCUGACGUGGACGCUGACGUGGACGCUGACGGGGACGACGGCGAAGAGAUCGUCUCGGACGACGAGCUCUCCGAGGAGGAGGAGGAGGAGGACGAGGAGGCGUCGGAGUGGGAGAACCGCCCGCUGUUUCGCCACCUCGCCGCGACUCUCGUGCAGCAGGCGCAUCUCGCGCCCCUGCCAAUCGCGCAGCUUCCGGUGUACUGGGAACACGACCACGCGCUCCGCCUCUAUCCCGCGCCGCACUGCGUCGUGCUCGGGGACAGGACCGAGCAGCAGGCGCUGGCGAAGUUCGAGGACACCGAGCUGGUCAACCCGGGCUGUUUCGCCGACGACGGAUCGUUCGCGGUGUAUCGGCCGGCGACGAGGGAGGUUGAGUUUUCCGCGGUUUGA